AUGGCGGCAAAGCGCCUCUCUCCCACUUCCGACGUGGAGCCCGACAGGGCGCCGGCAAGCUCGGGCUCCGAGCCAGAGCCUCCGACCUUCCUCGGCUCAACGGAGGCGGCGCCCGUAUCAACUUACAAGAAGCAGAGGUUGUCAAGGAUUGCGGAGAACAAGAGGAGGAUGGAGGCCCUGGGCCUCCAAAACUUGGCGAGUUUUGUGAUGGGUUCAAGUCGGAAGGCGAGAAAGGGCGACGCGAAGGGCAAAAGGAAGGUUGGCGAGGAUGACGACGACGACAAGGAUGGUGAUUACGCGCCUGCUUUGGACGGUGAUGGUGGCGAUGAUGAUGAUCUCAGCGUCGACGAUGAGGAGGGUAAUCGGGAUUUUGAAGUAUCUGGGUCUGGUAAAAGAAAGGGAAAGAGAAAAGUGUCCAAACCGAAGAAGAAACCUCAGACCAAAAAGUCACCAAAUAAGUUGGAUUAUGUUGAUGAUGAUGCUGAAUUGGCGAAGGCCAUUGUGCUGUCUCUGCAUGAUUCUGCCGAGUUUCAGGAACAGUGA